AUGAUGGAGUCCUUCUUCCCUGGCAACCACUGGCUCUACUUCUCCGUGAACCUAUUCGCCUUCCUGGUGGGGCUGCCCCUCAACCUGAUGGCCAUGGUAAUCUUCGUGGGUAAACUCCGGCGCCGCCCAGUGGCCGUGGAUGUGCUCCUGCUCAACCUGACCCUCUCAGACCUGCUGCUGCUGCUCUUCCUGCCCUUCCGCAUGGUGGAGGCGGCCAGUGGGAUGCGCUGGCCCCUGCCCUUCAUCUUCUGCCCCCUCUCUGGCUUCCUCUUCUUCACCACCAUCUAUCUCACCUCCCUCUUCCUGGCGGCUGUGAGUGUCGAGCGCCUCCUGAGCGUGGCCCACCCUCUGUGGUACAAGACCCGGCCGAGGCUGGCUCAAGCGGGGCUGGUCAGUGGCAUCUGCUGGUUCCUGGCGAGUGCUCACUGUAGUGUGGUCUACGUCACGGAAUUCUGGGGGAACUCUACGCAGAGCCAGGGCACCAACGGGACCUGCUACCUGGAAUUCAGAGAGGACCAGCUGGCUGUUCUCCUUCCUGUCCGCUUGGAGAUGGCUGUGGUCCUUUUUGGGGUGCCUCUGCUCAUCACCAGCUACUGCUAUAGCCGCCUGGUAUGGAUCCUGAGUCACAGCUCUAGCAGGCGCCGGCGCCGGAGGGUGGUGGGACUUGUGGUGGCCUCUCUGCUCAACUUCCUUGUCUGCUUUGGGCCCUACAACAUGUCACACUUGGUCGGCUACAUUCAGGGCAAGAGCCCAACAUGGAGGGGCUAUGUGCUGCUCCUCAGCACCCUGAACUCCUGCGUCGACCCCCUUGUCUACUACUUCUCAUCGUCCAGGUUCCAAGUGGACUUCCACGAGCUGCUAGGGAAGCUGACUGGAGGCUGGGGCCCUGGCAGUCAGGAGGUUAGUGUGGAGCUGAAGGUCAAGGACGGAGGAGAGUGGCAGUCGCAGGACUGUCCGACCUAG